AUGACUUUGGAUUUUUUGCAAUACGGCGGGCCUUCCGAGGAAUGGCUGGCCGUUGAAAAGACUCUCCCUGCAUUAACAUUCGACCUCUCGAUGGACCCCGUGGCCCUCAGGACUGCGGUUAAUUCUGAGCGUGAAAUUAGAGCAUCCGAGGUGAUGGAGCUUCUCGCGCCUCAAGUUCAUUUCAAGAAUUAUACUAUACCCACCCGCGACGGCUCGACCGUUGAAGCUCGAACCUACCGGUCCGUAGAGAAGGACGCAACCGAGAAGCUUCCAGUAUACAUUUAUCUACAUGGUGGGGGCUUCAUUUUCGGCACACUGAACACGGAAGACCCCCUAUGUGCCCAAACAGCUAUUAAUACCGGCGCUGUGGUGCUGAACGUCAACUAUCGACAUACGCCUGAACAUACCUUUCCCACUGUCUGGCAUGAUUCUCAAGACGCGUUCGCCUGGCUGCACAGUAACAUUAACUCCAUCGGAGGUGAUUCAUCGAAAGUUGUUGUAGGCGGAGUCUCGGCAGGUGGUCAGCUGGCAGCUUCCCUCGCACUAGAACAGCAUUUAGGAAAGAGCGAGGUCACCAAGCACCUUCCGAGACUGGCUGGUCAAAUCCUCAUCAUCCCUCCCCUCGCUGCCUUGAGUACAUACGAUCAAGGCCCCGGUAAGAAGCUCAAGUCGUCGUCGCACAUCGAAAACGAACACGCCCCGAUUUUGCCAAAGAAGACGAUGGAGUUCUUCACGUCUCUUUUGAAAGCCGGUGAUCCAGAUUUGAAAGACACUAAGCUCAAUAUAGUCAAUGCCACUGAAGAAGAGGUCAAGGGCUUCCCACCUACGGUGUUUGGUAUCGCUGGUCUGGAUCCACUGCGCGAUGAAGGGUUGCUGUAUGCGAAGCUGCUUUCAGAGGCAAAUGUCCCAACCGACAUAACGCUGUUCAAAGGCGUUCCGCACGGUCACAGACGAUUUGGCAAGGCACUAAAGUCAUCUGAGCAUUGGGAUAAGUGCGUCGAGGAGGGGAUCCUGUGGGUGCUUUCGAAACCACAAGCUACUGGGAAGUUCGAAGUUAAGUUGCCAUAG